AUGGCUACACGUUCCGACGUCCAGGUCGCCGCUCUAGCAGCAGGCUUCACCAUUGGAUUUGGGUUUUUGACUGUCUGGGAAGCCAUCAGGCAAACACAGCGCAAUCGGAACCCACUGAGAAGUGUCUACAUUUACAUGGUAUGGGGAGAGAUCGCAGCAAACCUCGCAAUUGGCAUCGUUGGGUGGGUUUUCCUUGACGGAGUGAUUGGACCCACCAUUCCAGUGCUCUUCUUCAUUCUCUUCCUUUGGGUGUUCGAAAUCCAGCUCUUGAUGCAAAUCAUUAUCAAUCGGAUUGCACUCAUUGCAGAACAUCAGAGUACCAUUCGAAAAAUCAAAUGGGGGACUGUGGCUAUCAUAAGUGCUAUCAACAUAGCUGUCUUCUGCAUUUGGAUCCCAUCGCACCUAAACCCACCCGUUAGCCAGCUGGUCAUUAACCAAGUUAGUUAUGUCGAUAUCAAUAAGUACUGGGAUCGAGCGUCGAAAAUCAUUAUCAUGGUUGUGGAUGGUUUGCUGAAUUACUACUUCUUACGCACCGUCAAGAUACGGCUUGUGAAACAACACGGACUCGUCAAAUAUAAGCCUCUCGUUGGCUUCAAUGCGAAGCUCAUGGUCGUUUCCAUUGCCAUGGAUGCAAUGUUAAUCGGUCUCAUGUCUCUUCCCAACCAAGUCGUAUACAUCCAAUUCCAUCCAGUCGCCUACAUGGUCAAGCUCAACAUCGAGAUGUCCAUGGCUUCGCUAGUUGUUCGCCUCGCCAAAGGGAAAACGGAAAAUGACAUGUACGAGGUCCAUUCCUAUCCAGACCCGCAUUCACAACAUCGCUCUAUUCAGCGUAACACACACCUGCCAGCCGAUCCUCACUUCAAUUCCUUCCCACUCGCUUCCACGGCCACCAGCCGAAAGGGGUAUCAUAAUGACAGUAGCAUUGACGGAAAGUAUGGGAUACACUGUCGUACAGACCUGAACAUCGUUGUUGAGGACGUCACGGAACGGGGACAACAAGGAAUAGGUGGAAGUAGAGGAGAUAUAUACGGCGAUGAGACUCCACUCAAUAAGAGUGUAUGCAGGGUGAUUGAGAGACCCCUGUAA